GUUGACGAGCAGCAUGCUGGGAUGUGUAAUGAAUGAAGCGGUACUGUCAAAUGUACUGAUAAUGUGCUGAGAUUUAAGUGUUAUAUCUUUCUUUAUGAGACCCAGUGGGCAAACGGGUCAUUCGGGGUAUUUAAACAGUAUCGUCCGGUGCUGAGAGGAGGAGGUCAUCAUGUAUGCAGUGUACCGUCAGGCUCAUCCGCCCACAGCUGUGGAGUUUGCCGUUUACUGCAACUUCAUCUCCAGCCAAGAGAAGAACCUGGUGGUGGCAGGAACAUCUCAACUGUAUGUGUACAGGAUCAUUUAUGAUGUCGAGAGCACUUCAAAGUCAGACAAGUCAUCCGAUAGCAAGAGUCGCAAGGAGAAGCUGGAACAAGUGGCAUCCUUUUCUCUGUUUGGAAAUGUGAUGUCCAUGGCCAGCGUUCAGCUUGUGGGGACCAACAGAGAUGCUUUGCUUCUCAGCUUCAAAGAUGCUAAACUUUCUGUUGUGGAGUAUGACCCUGGCACGCAUGAUCUGAAGACUCUGUCGUUGCAUUAUUUUGAAGAGCCAGAACUGAGAGAAGGUUUUGUUCAGAAUAUGCACAUUCCUAUGGUACGUGUGGACCCAGAGAACCGCUGUGCUGUGAUGCUCGUGUAUGGCACCCGCUUGGUGGUUCUGCCCUUUAGGAAGGACACACUCACCGAUGAACAGGAGGGGAUUGUGGGGGAGGGGCAGAGGUCUAGUUUCCUACCCAGUUAUAUCAUUGAUGUUCGUGAACUGGAUGAGAAACUCCUGAACAUUAUUGACAUGAAGUUUCUCCACGGUUACUAUGAGCCCACACUGCUCAUCCUGUUUGAGCCCAACCAGACAUGGCCAGGGCGUGUAGCAGUGCGUCAGGACACGUGCAGUAUCGUGGCCAUCUCUCUGAACAUCAUGCAGAAGGUUCAUCCAGUCAUCUGGUCUCUGAGUAAUUUGCCCUUUGACUGUAAUCAGGUCAUGGCUGUGCCAAAGCCCAUUGGUGGAGUUGUCGUAUUUGCUGUGAAUUCUUUACUAUAUUUAAAUCAGAGUGUUCCACCUUUUGGAGUGUCACUCAACAGUCAGACCAACGGAACGACAGCUUUUCCCUUGAGGUCACAGGAAGAGGUGAAUAUCACACUGGACUGCUCUCAAGCAGCCUUCAUCACCUCUGACAAGAUGGUCAUCUCGAUCAAAGGAGGAGAAAUUUACGUGUUGACGCUCAUCACAGACGGUAUGAGGAGUGUACGAGCGUUCCACUUUGAUAAAGCAGCCGCCAGCGUCCUGACCACAUGUAUGAUGACUAUGGAGCCGGGAUAUCUGUUCCUGGGCUCUCGUCUGGGCAACUCACUGCUGCUCAAAUACACUGAGAAACUGCAGGAGACGCCAAUAGAAGAGGGUAAAGAGAAUGAGGACGAGGACGAAGAGAAGCAGGAAGAGCCCCCAAAUAAAAAGAAGCGUGUAGAUUCCUUGGCAAACUGGACAGGUAAGGCUAAUUUACCUGACGAGCUGGAUGAGAUCGAGGUGUAUGGCAGUGAGGCACAGUCAGGAACACAGCUGGCCACAUACUCAUUUGAGGUCUGUGAUAGCAUACUGAACAUUGGACCCUGUGCCAGCGCCUCCAUGGGUGAACCAGCCUUCCUGUCUGAAGAGUUUCAGAGUAAUCCAGAGCCAGACCUGGAGGUGGUGGUAUGUUCGGGUUAUGGCAAGAACGGAGCUCUGUCUGUACUUCAGAAAAGUAUCAGACCGCAGGUGGUGACAACAUUUGAACUUCCUGGAUGCCAUGACAUGUGGACAGUUAUAUACUGGGAUGAGAAACCCGAAAAGUCUUCAACAGAGGGCGAUAGUGAAAAUCCUGAGGAACAGAAACCCCAGCCCACGGCUGAGGAUGACAAGACUCAGCACGGCUUCCUCAUCCUCAGCAGAGAGGACUCUACAAUGAUCUUGCAGACAGGACAGGAAAUUAUGGAAUUGGACACCAGUGGUUUCGCCACACAGGGUCCCACUGUAUUCGCAGGCAACAUCGGGGACAAUAAAUACAUCAUUCAGGUGUCCCCGAUGGGCAUAAGAUUACUGGAGGGAGUGACCCAACUGCACUUCAUCCCCGUGGACCUGGGCUCUCCCAUAGUGCACUGCUCGGUGGCCGACCCAUAUGUGGUUAUCAUGACAGCAGAGGGAGUGGUGACCAUGUUUGUUUUGAAGAGUGAUUCUUACACGGGCAAGAGCCGACUGGCACUGCAGAAGCCACAGAUCCACACGCAAUCGCGUGUUAUUACGUUAUGUGCGUUCCGUGACGUCAGUGGGAUGUUCACCACUGAGAACAAGGUCAACUUUCUGGCCAGAGAGGAAACUGCAAUCAGGACCCAAUCAGAGACGGAGACUAUUAUCCAGGACAUCAGUAAUGCGGUGGACGAUGAGGAGGAGAUGCUGUAUGGCGAGUCAAACCCUCUGACCAGCCCUAUUAAGGAGGAGCAGAGCCGCGGCUCUGGAGCGAUGACCUCAGCUCAGACAGGAAGAGAGCAAAGCGCCCAGAACAAACAGGAGCCUUCACACUGGUGUCUGCUGGUCAGAGAGAACGGAGUCAUGGAGAUCCACCAGCUCCCUGACUGGCGUCUGGUUUUCCUGGUAAAGAAUUUCCCUGUUGGUCAGCGGGUUUUGGUUGACAGCUCUGCUAGCCAGUCGGCUACUCAGGGAGAACUCAAGAAGGAGGAAAUGACAAGGCAAGGAGAAAUCCCAUUGGUCAAAGAAGUUGCUCUCGUGUCAUUAGGUUACAACCACAGCCGUCCUUACCUGCUGGCGCAUGUUGAUCAAGAGCUUUUGAUCUAUGAGGCCUUUCCAUACGACCAGCAGCAAACUCAGAGUAACCUCAAAGUGCGCUUUAAGAAGAUGCCUCAUAACAUUAACAUAAGAGAGAAGAGAUCCAAACUGAAGAAAGACAAGAAGCCUGAGGCUCAGGGGGAGGAGUCUCUAUGCGUCAGGGGUUGCGUGGCCAGAUUUAGAUACUUUCAGGACAUCUCAGGAUAUUCAGGGGUGUUCAUCUGUGGACCGUCUCCUCACUGGAUGCUGGUGACCUCUCGUGGGGCGUUGCGUCUGCACCCCAUGACAAUAGAUGGCGCCAUUGAGUCCUUCUCUCCUUUUCACAAUAUCAACUGCCCCAAGGGUUUCCUCUACUUCAACAAACAGGGUGAACUGCGAAUCAGCGUGUUACCCACCUACCUCUCCUACGAUGCCCCCUGGCCUGUUCGCAAGAUUCCGCUCAGGUGCACCGUCCACUAUGUGACGUACCACGUGGAAUCCAAGGUGUACGCAGUGUGCAGCAGCGUUAAAGAGCAGUGCACACGUAUCCCCAGAAUGACCGGAGAAGAGAAAGAAUUUGAGACCAUUGAAAGAGAUGAGCGCUACAUGCCCCCUCAGCAGGACAAGUUCUCUAUUCAGCUUAUUUCUCCGGUCAGCUGGGAGGCUAUUCCAAACACACAGAUUGACCUUGAGGAGUGGGAGCAUGUGACGUGCAUGAAUACCGUAGCGCUGAAGAGUCAGGAGACCGUAUCAGGAUUGAAGGGAUAUGUGGCCUUGGGUACCUGCCUCAUGCAGGGAGAGGAGGUCACUUGCAGAGGCAGAAUCUUGAUUUUGGAUGUGAUCGAGGUGGUUCCGGAGCCCGGUCAGCCACUCACUAAGAAUAAGUUUAAAGUGCUUUAUGAGAAAGAGCAGAAGGGACCUGUAACUGCUCUCUGUCACUGCAGUGGAUACCUGAUGUCUGCCAUCGGACAGAAGAUCUUUUUGUGGAGUCUUAAGGACAAUGAUCUGACAGGCAUGGCCUUCAUCGACACUCAGCUCUACAUCCACCAGAUGUACAGCAUCAAGAACUUCAUCCUGGCCGCUGAUGUCAUGAAGAGCGUCUGUCUGCUGCGCUACCAGGAGGAGAGCAAAACUCUGUCACUCAUCAGCAGGGAUGCGAAGCCCUUAGAGGUUUACAGCAUUGAGUUCAUGGUGGACAAUAACCAGCUUGGUUUUUUGGUUUCAGACAGAGACAAAAACCUGCUGGUCUACAUGUACCUGCCUGAAGCUAAAGAGAGUUUCGGCGGCAUGCGCUUGCUGCGGAGGGCAGACUUUAAUGUGGGCGCUAACGUGAACGCCUUCUGGAGGAUGCCCUGCCGUGGCACUGUGGACACCGUCAGCAAGAAGGCCCUCACCUGGGACAACAAACAAAUCACCUGGUUUGCUACAUUGGACGGGGGGGUCGGGCUGCUUCUGCCCAUGCAGGAGAAGACGUACCGCAGACUGCUGAUGUUGCAGAAUGCUCUUACCAUCAUGCUACCGCACCAUGCCGGACUCAACCCAAAAGCAUUCAGAAUGCUGCACUAUGACCGGCGGACACUGCAGAAUGCAGUGAAGAACAUUCUAGAUGGAGAGCUGUUGAAUAAGUACCUGUACCUCAGCACCAUGGAGCGUAGCGAACUGGCCAAGAAGAUCGGCACAACGUCAGAUAUUAUCUUGGAAGAUCUUCUGGAGAUUGACAGAGUAACUGCUCACUUCUGAAGAGCUUGUAAUCUCACUUUGAAUGUGUCUUCAGUUAUGUUUUAUGUCCCUUUUUUUUGAUAGAAAAGCAAAAACUUUGUAAUAUUGUAAUAUUCUUUUUGUGAUAAGUGGAAGGUGUAGCGAAUCACAGAAUAUUUUGUAAGGAAAAAAAUGUUUGACGAGAUAUGAGACCAUAAAUGUUAAAAAUCAUCACAAUAAAAAAAAUCUUGAUUCAUAUUUAAAAUACAUAACUGCGGAAGAUUACACCUCCUGUUUCAUAAUAGACGACUUAAAUCCCACAAACUAUGACUGUAAAGCUUUACAGCAAAAAGUCAGUGCUGCUCCAUUUGGUUUAAAAUGUUUCUAUCAUUGGCUUGCACCCGCAGAGAUUUGAGUAAUGUUUUGAAAAUAAUCUUAUAACAGGCCUUUUAAAAUAAUACUCAAAAAGUUCAAGUGUUUUGAAAAGUCAAAAUUAUAAUAAAACUGUAGCAUUAUAAGAAUAGUAAAUUGCAUGAAUCAAGUUUUUUUGAGGGAAAACAAAUAUUACAAGAAACAGUGAAAAUCACAAUAAAAAGAAUGCCAAGCAGGCAGCUUUAUUCAUGUAAAAUGCAGAUGUGCAGGAUUUUGUUAAAUCCUAAAUAAGGAUAAAGAAGAAAUCCAUUGUGUUUUGAUGCAUCAGCAAUGAAUUGUAAUUUUAACUGAUUAUUAAACCAAUUUUGUAAUGUUAGGGCUCCAUUCGUAAAAACUUUUUUCGUACCUUACAUUAAAAUACUGUAAAUGAAUCUCAUAAAUAUUGGAAUACACUUGACUUCAACAAAAAUAAUUUAACCAAAUUAUAAAACAAAAAACUAAGAGAUUCUGGUGUCUAUCAAAUGUAGUUUUCCACCAGAUUAUAUCUUAUUUCAUAGUAAAGCUGUACAAGCAGACAGAGAGAAACAGGUUCCUUUGAGCUGUACGCUCAAGUGUGUGUGGAAUAAUAAAACUAAAAUAAUUAAGAACAAAUAGCACUGUGUGUGAAAAUCCACAGAAAGCAUAAAUGUGAAUGUUUUCCUUGAA